UAAUCCACGUUGUGCGUGCAGGUGCAGCGUACGCUUCCAAAGGUCGAAAUUGGUUAUGAAAUUUUUGGACACCUUAAAUUAUAGUUUAAUAUUGUACAAAAUGUGGACUGACACGCUUCUUAUUGUAUUUAUAUCUAUUUGUACCGCGUUUUUGGGCGAAGGUUUAACGUGGUUGAUGGUAUAUCGGACAGAUAAAUACCAAAAAUUAAAAACAGAAGUCGAAAAACAGAGCAAAAGAUUAGAGAAACGGAAAGAAGCUCACGGAGACUCCUUAGACAAACAGCACAAGAAAAAGAUCGAACGUGAAGAGGAACGGCUCAAAAAUAACAACAGAGAUCUGUCUCUAGUGAAGAUGAAGUCGAUGUUUGCUAUUGGGUUUGCCUUCACGGCAUUAUUAAGCAUGUUUAAUAGCAUAUUUGACGGCAGAGUUGUUGCAAAGUUACCUUUUGUUCCACUGGCUUGGAUUCAAGGAUUAAGCCACCGAAACUUACCAGGAGAGGAUUACACAGACUGCUCUUUUAUAUUCCUGUAUAUUUUAUGUACCAUGUCAAUUCGACAAAACAUACAGAAGUUAUUAGGAUUUGCUCCAUCACGUGCAGCUUCGAAACAAGGAAACACCUUAUUUGGCCCAACUCCUGCUCAAUUUAAAUAGUUACACUAAACAAUUAAAUAAACUUUAUUUAAACUAUACAAACUUCGUACAUCGGCUUAUCUAUCAAUAAACGAUCGAACCCUA